GUGCCCCUUUCUUCAAUCCUCGCAAAGUCGCCGGGAUACCGUGUGUUGUAUGUGCAAGUGUCGGGGCUACGGGGAGUUGAGUUCUUGCGGUCGCCACUGAUUUCGGAGCUGAGCGAUUCCGGAGUGUGCUCUAGAUGCAGCAAGCAUCCAGUAGUGGAGCCGUAAAAGCACGUAUCGUAUCGCCAUGUGGAACAAACAAAAAAUAUCGAUCUCCGUUUACUAUUAAAAGGAGCUACGCACUACAGAGGAAGCAAGACGAUAGUUCUGUGAUAUAAACUAUUGGGCGACAUUAUACAUUCGUAAAUAUAUAUACGUUAUCACGCAGCCUCCUUAUUGAGGCAAGAAAUAUCGAAGAAACGCGUGAUCGCUAUUGCUGUGUCAUCAGUCCGUUGGAAGAAUUCUAAAGAUAAAUAAGAAGCGGCCGUCGGAGCGAUAAGCUGGAGCAUAAGCGGGCAGGGAAAGUAGUGGCCGGUGAGGAAGACGGAGGUGGUGGUGCCGACGAAGAGGGUGGUGGUGGUGGUGGCAAUCAGUGGCUGCCGUGACGCGCAAGACGACGCGACGCAAAGCGCAAGGGGAGGCAUGAGGAGGCGAGAGUGACGACGCUGGCCGGUGUGCUGCAUCCUCUCGCACGGAUCGUGAGAGGACCGGCGGCCGUCCACCGCGGCAGCAGUGGGGCCCACACGGCGAUAAGAAUGGCCCCCUUCAAUAUGGCGGGCGUAGCAGGCCUCCUAGCCACCUGCGCCGCCGUUGCUGCUUCCGCUGCCCACCUUCUGCCGUUGCUGCUGUUACUAAUCUGCCCGCGAGGGACCCAGGCGGAACAAGUUGUUCUCUUGGACACGACGACGGAGGAGAAACUCGAUUGGACGAGAUAUCCUUUCGGGCCUCAAGCUAACACUCCUGGUUGGGUAGAGGAGUCUUUUACAAACUUCGACAAAGGUAUCAAUUGGCGGAGUUACGUUGUCUGCGACGUAGCGUACACCAAUGUGAACAACUGGCUGUGGACGCCGUUCAUAGAGAGGGGUCCAGCGAAUCGCAUGUACAUAGAAAUCAAUUUCACGACUCGCGACUGUUCGUUGUUCCCGGGGAACGCUCUCAGUUGUAAGGAGACUUUCAGUCUACUCUACUACGAGUUCGACGCCGCCACCAAGGAGCCACCCCCGUGGGAACCGGAUAGUUACAAACUUAUAGGUCGUAUAGCUGCGGGCGAGGGUAGGUUCAACACGAACACCGAGGUGGUGAUAAACACCGAAGUGAAGUCGAUUCCGGUGACGAAGAAGGGCGUCUACUUCGCCUUUCGUGACCAGGGCGCUUGCAUAUCGAUCCUGGCCAUCAAGGUAUACUACAUCAGUUGCCCCGAGAUUUCGGUGAACUUCGCACAUUUUCCGGCCACGCCAACCGGUCGCGAGGUUGCGCUUAUUGAGCAAACGCGCGGCAUUUGCGUUGCGAAUGCCGUCAAAAUCGCCCAGCCGACUUUCCUCUGCAAGGGAGAUGGCAAAUGGUAUCUCCCGACGGGCGGAUGCCAUUGCAAACCUGGCUACCAAGCUGACACGGACAAGCAGGAGUGCAAGGAGUGUCCGAUAGGCAAGUUCAAACAUGAGGCGGGUUCUCAUGCCUGCGAGCCAUGCCCGGAGCACAGUAAAGCUUCCGAUUACGGCUUCACGGAGUGUCGUUGCGAUCCGGGCUAUUUUCGGGCAGAGAAAGAUCCUAAGAAAAUGCCUUGCACACAACCACCUUCGGCGCCGCAAAACCUGACCGUCAACUUUGUCGAUCAGUCCACGGUGAUCCUUUCCUGGAAUGCGCCGCAUAUGCAGGGUGGCAGAUUUGACACGACUUAUAGAGUGGACUGCGAUUCCUGCAGCAUGGGCGUCAAGUACAUUCCUAAUACCGAGAUCUUCAACGACACGAAGAUCACGAUAACCGGCCUGAACGCGGUGACUACUUAUCGCUUCCAAGUGUUCGCCGAGAACGGCGUAUCGUCGUUGGUCGGCAAAUCGGAAUACGUGGACAUUACCGUUACGACAGAGGCGAGCGUGCCAAGUCUAGUGAGCAACGUCAGGAUCACAAGUGUCAAGAACUCAGAGCUCAGUAUCAGUUGGGACGCGCCAGAUAUCGGAGCUGGCGGAGACAACGAUCUCGUCGAGCGAUAUGAAGUGAGGUGUUACCCGCGCUAUGACGACGCUACUAAUGCAACCGUCAUUCAAACGUCCGAGCUGUCUGCCACGUUCAAAGGUCUCAAGCCUUCCACGGAUUACGCGAUACAGGUUCGCGCUAAGACCACCCGUGGCUGGGGCGAGUACACGCCGGUGAUAUUUAAAAAGACACCCCCCUCGAUGGGUUUAGACUACGUCGGCGAGGACGACAACAUGCAAGUUAGGAUAAUCGCAGGGGCGAUCGUUGCUGUGGUCGUACUUCUCGUGAUUAUUAUCAUCAUGACCGUUUUAAUUCUUAGAAGCAGGGCCUCGGACGAAUGCAACAAGAAACAGCCGAGCGACUGCGACACCCUGGAGUAUAGAAACGGCGAAGGACUAGUUGUGACCUACAUGCACUGCAAAAUGGACAGUUCACCGAUUGUGACAACCCAUACCAACAACAAGAGCAAGUCCUCGCUGACCACGCCGCUGUUCACACCUGCAGUGGGGGUCGCCGCGGCGGGCGCAGGCGGCGCAGGCGGUGCAGGUGCAAGGAGUUAUGUGGAUCCUCACACCUACGAGGACCCGAAUCAGGCAGUACGCGAAUUUGCCCGAGAGAUUGACGCCGGAUAUAUCACGAUAGAAGCCAUUAUAGGUGGCGGUGAGUUCGGCGAUGUCUGCCGAGGGAAAUUGAAAUUGCCUCCCGAUGGACGGACGGAAAUAGAUGUGGCCAUAAAGACCCUGAAGCCAGGCUCUGCAGACAAGGCUCGUAAUGAUUUCCUGACAGAGGCGUCGAUAAUGGGCCAAUUUGAACACCCCAACGUGAUAUUCCUGCAAGGCGUGGUGACAAAGAGCAAUCCGGUGAUGAUCAUCACGGAGUUUAUGGAGAACGGUAGCCUGGACACUUUCUUGCGCGCGAACGACGGCAAGUUCCAAGUGCUCCAGCUGGUGGGCAUGCUGCGUGGCAUCGCCAGCGGCAUGCAGUACCUCGCGGAGAUGAACUACGUGCACCGCGAUCUCGCCGCGAGAAACGUGUUAGUCAAUGCCGCUUUGGUUUGCAAGAUCGCCGAUUUUGGGCUCAGUAGAGAGAUCGAGAGUGCCACGGAGGGAGCUUACACGACCAGGGGCGGUAAAAUUCCGGUACGGUGGACAGCACCGGAGGCGAUAGCGUUCCGUAAAUUCACGAGCGCCUCCGACGUUUGGAGUAUGGGUAUCGUAUGUUGGGAGGUGAUGUCGUACGGCGAGAGGCCGUACUGGAACUGGUCGAAUCAAGAUGUGAUAAAAUCGAUCGAGAAAGGCUACAGGCUUCCAGCGCCGAUGGAUUGUCCGGAGGCUAUCUACCAGUUAAUGCUCGAUUGCUGGCAGAAAGAGCGCACCCAUCGGCCGACCUUCUCCAAUCUCACACAGACUUUGGACAAGCUCAUACGAAGUCCGGACACACUGAGAAAAAUCGCUCAGAACAGGGGCACAAAUCCACUGGCGCCAGAUGCGGUGGAUCUAACGCAAUUGAAUUCCGUCAGCGAGUGGCUAGCUUCCAUCAAGAUGUCACGAUACGCAGAGAGCUUUGAGCGAGCGGGCGUGACGACGUUGGAGGCAGCAGCGCGUGUCACCGUCCAGGAACUCACGGCCCUCGGCAUAACGCUCGUAGGACAUCAGAAGAAGAUCAUGAACAGCGUGACGGCGUUGCGGGCGCAAAUGUCCGCCACUUCGCAGGGUUUCCUCGUGUAACCAUGACCGCGACCUCAAAUCCCGCGAACGGAUCGUACGUAGAAAUCGGCUGAUCGGCACGGAACAUCGCUAUCCCAAUGGAUCUCACGAAUUCGAGGCGUCCCGACGCGUCGCCUCCGCGAAAAGCGAGACGACGACCCUCCCAUGAAUCAUCUAGGACUCGUAAUUACCUAGUCAGAGCGACGAUGUCCUCGAGAGAGAAUAUCUCUUCGCGCGCAAAUAGAUCCGUUGAACUAAUUGGGGGUUGAUCCGAGGCAAAGCUUUCAUGAUACCUCCGAAACGAUACGCGAACAUCGUCUCACUUUAACCGAGAGAUUCAAAGCAUUCGUGCUGCAGGCAUUCCACGUUAGCGAGAGUCGAAAGGAAAUUCAUUCUUCGCAUUUACGAUACUCCUCUUAAAGAGAGGGAGUACGAGGACCACGCAUUCGCCAUCUCGCAUAUAAAGUGCAACGACUUUUACUCUCUCAAUAUGUAGAACGAUACACCUAUUGCGAAACUUCCGCGAUUUGUAAGUGUCAAAGAAAUCUAACGCCUUACGGGAACGGAUCAUUCACGAAGCUCGUUUCAGGAUGUGAUCCUUGAAAGAUCACCGUAAAAGAAUCUUAAUGGGAUCAAUGUAACUAAUGUACUCUCCCACACGAACAACGAGCACCAAUGCUCUUUCGUUUCCUAGGCCGUUUCGGUGAUCGAUCUAUCUAAAAAAGAGAAGAUCAGACUGACAACGGAAAUAAACGAGCCCUGUAAUCACUGCCGCGAAAUCUUUCGUCACUUAUGAAUGUUCUCCUUUUAGUUUAAAGUACUUGUGUAACAACCUGUUGGAUUGUAUACACUAUAUAUUUUUUUCGGAGACUUUCAUUUGAGAUUUACAGCCGAAUUUUUUUUAUCGCGCUUGUUAGGUAACAUUGUUUUGUAACAUUUUGUACCGAAUGGCAGCUCAUUUUAGUACGUAUGCAUCUGCGAUAUAGAACAUUGAACGGCGAACAUAUCGGCCUAAAUGUCGUUCGAAUAUGUCUGUUCCUGGCCUCUUUUCUUAAGUAUACUAAAGUUACGUGUUUGUCUAUAACGAUCGACAUAGCAAUACGCAUCUGACAAGGAAAACCGACGAUUAGAGAAAUAGAGGACCGUAUCACAGAGGGAACUGUACCAAAAAUCGGAUCGUAAUAGUUUCCGAAAUCGGUAGAGUGACAACAGUGUAGGUUCAUUAUUUCGUGUAGUGAAUGUAGCGAGUGCAUUACACUAUUUCGCGUAUGUCGCCUCGGUAAUGUACACGAUCGAAAACAAGGGCGAAUGUUUACUCUUUACGCUAAAUUACAACUUUAUGCCUUUGCAUUACCUAUAUGGAAACGUCGUACACGCGCGGCCUAUAUGUAGGUAUACCUUUCGAUUAUAAUGACAAACGACAAAACGAACGAAGCGAAUAUGUGCCAACGCGAGUGUGCAAGAGUUAUUUUAGCGCGGGAUUGCGUGACACGGGAUAAACGAAUGGAAAAUGAGCGGACGCGCGAAUGUGAGUGUGAAUGGAAAUUGCAUCGGUGAGUGACGAGAAUCUGCCGCGACCCAUUUUUCGCGCUAUAUUUAUAUGUACACGAGCGUGCGAUCACGAAAUCAUUCUAUAUAUACAUAUACAUAUAAAUAGAUAUUGUGUUAUAAAUACUACACUGUGAAAAGGGGCGAACGAGAGUAAAACUCUCUAUCGAUAAGAAAAAAAAGCACAAGAGACAUUCCGUUCGCGCCGGAAAGCAAAGGAGGACGUGGCGCGAGGAAAAACGAUUUCAAACGCGUCCCUUAUUAGCGAGCAAUGCGUUAACAUAUCAACAUUAUCGCGGAAUGCAAUGCGAGCGCAAGAAGGGACGUUCUCGCGUGCGUCGUUACUCGAGAUCGACAAAAGAGAAAAGCCAGCCGGAAAAAGAGAACAACGUAAAGAGAAAAUGAAAUGUAAAGUCGGAGGGUGAUAAGAUAUGUGGACAAAAUACUCACGUAUACGCGAGCGACGAUGCGUGCGACUGAUACGAGGCACGCGCGUCCACGAGGUAACACUUUUUUGAUUCUCACAGUCCGACCGAGGAGUUUCCUCGCGAAGCAACGUCCAUUCCAAUAUACAUGUAUCCAUAAUAGGGAACCGUUUCCUUUCCUUAGAGGACGAGAGACAGAAAGAUAGAGGGAACGAGAGGCUUGCUUUACCGUAUCUCGUUACAUCCGUAUUCGCUAAUCGUCUGCAAAAGACUGCAUCCCGGGUCGCGAUACAUUAUACCUGGGAUACACACGUUACCGGCGACUUAUCUUAAAAAGAGACCAACGGAGCGGCAGACAUAUGCGUACGAAAAUAUUGCGCGUGAGAUUAAUUAAACGGCUUCCAAGUGAGUCCGGCGAGCCACGGAGAAAUUCUUUUAUUUUCUAAUUUAACGGUUUAACGUUAGUAAUAUAGUCUACGAUGUAUAUCGAGGCGACGUUGGAUCGCGAUAGGCAGAAGCGGAAGGCGUGUUUUGGGAGGCGAGAUUUCUCGCGUUCGACAAGAUACAAGACAACGACAAAGCGAACGUCUCUCGUUCACAGUCCCAGCCAAUUCUCCUUCCUUUAAUCAAAGAAGAGGCGAAAGUCUCGCCCCGGUGAAGCGCUAGACCGGUAAUUAAAAUCGAUCGCUUCUAUCUCGAAGCGCGAUCCAACGAUGCUUCCCUCGUAAACGAAAUGUUGCUCGAAGUCAUACCGCGAGCGAGGAAUGUCGGAAUACGCUUUGGUGUACUCUUUCGACUCGCCGUACUUCCUUCCGCGCACGUGUCAGCGAAGAAACGGAAGGGAAGAGCGAAAAGCAGGAGCGGAAGGCCGCGCGGCGAGAGCAAAAUCUCCCUUAGGAAAAACAAAAAGAAAAAAAAGAGAGAGAGAGAGAGAGAAGGCUACCGAAGAACGGCGACGAUUAUGAAGCAAUAAGUGAAUACGCAAAUGCAGAUUUUUAUAUAGAGAAUGUUAACAAAUUUCAGAAAAUAUUAAUUAUCGAUAGCGCUAUCUUCCUAAAUGUUCGUAUUAAAGAUUAAACGAGAAAAAAGGUACGAUAAAACGUAAAAGGCGAGAUUGUGCGGAAUCCCGGCCGAAAGAGAAGCGGAAGAAGGGAGAGAGUCGUACGCGUUAGACGAAUUUGCGUAAUAAUCUCGUUUGUAAUAACUUUGGUAAUAAUUCGGCCGGGAUCCUGCGGGCGGGAGGAAAAGGUCUUAAGAACUUUCUCAAGCUGUAAUUGUCUGUGUUUUAGCGACGAGUCUGCGAGUGCGACCUGAAGUUUUACGAAAUGCCGUUAAUUUCGAUAUUUAGAUUUCAUAGAGCUCUAUCAAUAUCACACAGAAACACACACAUGGCUACUGUUAGGCACAGGGGGAGAGAAAAUAUACGAAAUCGAAAAUAUAUUAGGUGAGAGCGAGGUACGUCGCGUAGGACUUCUCCGAUUUUUCUUUUGUUUUCCUCGAUUUCUCCGCAGAAAUCUUAGGACCGCUCCCAGUCUACUUUUUUUUUCUUUCCCUAGAAAGGAACGAAAUUUUACUCUACGCUCUCAAAGUUUUCAAUCAUACUUCAUGUUUUAGUUUUUCUUCAAAA